AUGAUAGGUUUGGUUUGUUUUACAGCAUAUCAACCUCAAUGCGUUAACGCCGACAAGAUUUUUAUUGCUGGUUAUAUCUAUCUAUCUAUCUAUCUAUCUAUCUAUCUAUCUCAAUUUUUUAUUGCUGGUUUUAUCUAUUAUCUAUCUAUCUAUCUAUCUAUCAAUCUCAGGUUUUUAUUGCUGGAUUUUUAUUCUAUUUUAUCUAUCUAUCUAUCUAUCUAUCUAUCUAUCUAUCUAUCUAUCUAUCUCAAUUUUUAUUGCUGGUUUUAUCUAUCUAUCUAUCUAUCUAUCUAUCUAUCUAUCUAUCUAUCUAUCUAUCUAUCUCAGUAUAUAUUGGUUUGGUUUGGUUUUGUUUUCCGGCAUAUCAACUUCAAUGGGUUAUUUAACACCGACAAGAUUUUUAUUGCUGGUUCUAUCUAUCUAUCUAUCUAUCUAUCUAUCUAUCUAUCUAUCUCAGUAUAUAUUGGUUUGGUUUGUUUUGCUUUACGGCAUAUCAACCUCAAUGGGUUAUUUAACGCCGACAAGAUUUUUAUUGCUGGUUUUAUCUAUCUAUCUAUCUAUCUAUCUAUCUAUAUAUUAUUUUUUUAUUGCUGGUUUUUUUAUUAUCUAUCUAUCUAUAUCUAUCUAUCUAUCUAUCUAUCUAUCUAUCGCAAUAUAUAUUAG